AUGCGCGGUGCUCGGUUGCCAGUGUCUCUGGCCCUGGGUGUUAGCCCACGCCAAUGCCUGAGACAACACGGCUCCUUUGCGCGCCAAUUAAUUCCCGGACCGUCACUGCAGACUGCUACGUCUGGCCAUAACAAUGGGUCGAACCGCCUUUAUACGACCGCCUCAGGUGCACUCCGAAAUGGGCCCAAUCCACUCUUGCUUCAAGUCAAAAGCGCCAAAUAUACCCUGUUUACAUCCCACAUCAUCCCUCAAGCACGUCUUAUAUCGUCUACGCCGAAAUUAUCUCAGGCCAAACCAUCACCACCUGCGAAAUUCGAAGACACAGCUGACCGGCCAACUCCGGAACCGGAGGAGGAAAAAGGCUUCGAAUUGACUGAGCGAGCAGCGCAGGCAGCUCAAGUGAACAUGAGCGCCAGACUAAAUAAAGAUGGCGGGAAGAAGUCCGGCUUUGGAGAAAUAAUGCGAUUGCUGAGAAUCGCACGUCCUGAAUCCAAGGCCCUCGGACUCGCCUUCUUCUUCCUUCUGGUCUCCUCGGCAAUCACAAUGUCAAUUCCUCUUUCCAUCGGUAAGAUCAUUGAUGCUGCAACGAAGGGUAUCAACGAGGGAACCGGUGAACUGUUUGGCUUGAGUAUUCCCAUGUUCUACACUGCCCUUGGUGCAAUUCUACUUGUUGGUGCUGGAGCCAACUAUGGGCGUGUCAUCAUUCUCCGAAUUGUCGGUGAGAGAAUCGUUGCCAGGCUCCGUUCCAAGCUAUUUCGUCAGACAUUCAUCCAGGAUGCCGAAUUCUUCGAUGCCAAUCGGGUUGGGGACUUGAUCUCGCGCCUUAGCUCCGACACUGUCAUUGUUGGAAAGAGUAUCACGCAGAAUUUGUCUGAUGGAUUGCGAGCUGCUGUUAGCGGCGCAGCUGGAUUCACAAUGAUGGCUUACACCAGUGCUAAGCUGUCUGCUAUCUUGCUUGUCUUGCUUCCUCCAGUCGGCCUAGGAGCUCUGUUCUACGGCCGAGCAAUCAGGAACCUGAGUCGCCAAAUCCAGAAGAACUUGGGAUCGUUGACCAAAAUUGCCGAGGAACGGCUAGGCAAUGUCAAGACAAGUCAGUCGUUUGCCGGUGAAGUUCUUGAAGUCAAUCGUUACAACAAGCAAGUCCGCAAGAUCUUUGACCUCGGUAAAAAAGAGUCUUUGAUUUCUGCAGUCUUUUUCAGCUCAACCGGCUUGGCAGGAAAUUUGACUAUCAUGACUUUGUUGUAUGUAGGUGGCGGCAUGGUUCAAUCAGGCGCCAUUAGCAUCGGAGAGUUGACAUCGUUCUUGAUGUACACUGCCUAUGCAGGUUCCAGCAUGUUUGGGCUUUCGGCCUUCUAUUCCGAGCUCAUGAAAGGUGUGGGUGCAGCGAGUCGACUCUUCGAGUUGCAAGACCGUCCACCCACAAUCCACCCGACCAAGGGUCUCAAAGUUGAGACUGCGCGCGGUCCAAUUCGAUUUGAGAAUGUCACUUUCAGCUACCCCACUCGUCCUGCUGUCAAGAUCUUCAACGAAUUGAACUUUGAGAUCCCCCAGGGAUCCAAUGUUGCAGUCGUUGGACCAUCUGGAGGUGGUAAAUCAACCAUUGCGUCAAUUCUGCUUCGUUUCUACAGCCCCACCGAGGGCCGCGUUUUGAUCAACGGGAAAGAUAUCAAGGGAAUGAACGCCAAGUCUCUUCGGAGGAAGAUUGGUGUCGUUUCACAAGAGCCGGUGCUCUUCUCCGGGACGAUCGCUGAAAAUAUCUCUUACGGCAUGCCUCAUGCCACGCGGUCUGAGAUCAUCGCUGCUGCCCGCCAGGCUAACUGCCAAUUCAUCAGUGACUUCCCCGAUGGAUUAGAUACUUCUGUUGGAGCUCGCGGAGCUCAACUUUCUGGUGGCCAAAAGCAACGCAUUGCCAUUGCUCGAGCCCUCAUCAAGAAUCCGGAUAUCCUGAUUUUGGACGAAGCCACUUCCGCUUUAGACGCAGAGUCCGAGACCCUCGUUAACAGCGCGUUGGCCACUUUGCUUAGCGGCAACAACACAACGAUCAGUAUUGCCCACCGCCUUUCUACAAUCAAACGCUCCGACACCAUCAUUGUCCUUGGAAAUGACGGCAAGGUCGCCGAGCAGGGCUCCUACGAAGAGCUCAGCUCUCACCCGGACGGCGCCUUUACCAAACUCAUGGAAUGGCAAAUGAGUGGCGGUGACCCACCUCCUACCCCAGCCAAGCCUAUUGAAAGAGAUGAGAUGUGGCGGCUCGAGAAGGAGACUGACAUCGAGACUGAAUCAGAGCCUGAGACCGCAGAGGUGGAGGAGCAGACCUCUCGCAAGAACUAA